AUGGGAUCCAGAAGAUAUGAUAGUAGAACAACAAUCUUUUCUCCAGAAGGUCGAUUAUACCAAGUAGAAUAUGCUUUAGAAAGUAUAUCACAUGCUGGUACUGCCAUUGGUAUCAUGGCUAAAGAUGGAAUUGUAUUGGCGGCUGAACGUAAAGUGACUAGUAAACUAUUGGAACAGGAUACUUCUAAUGAAAAAUUAUAUAAAUUGAAUGAUAAUAUAGCAGUGGCUGUUGCAGGGUUAACCGCUGACGCUGCGACUUUAAUUAGCACUGCAAGAACUUAUGCUCAAACAUAUCUAAAGACUUACAACGAAGAUAUUCCUGUAGAAAAUUUAGUUAGACGUAUGAGCAACAUUAAACAAGGCUAUACUCAACAUGGUGGUUUAAGACCGUUUGGUGUGUCGUUUAUUUAUGCUGGUUAUGAUGACAGAUAUGGAUUUCAGUUAUAUACUUCUAAUCCUAGUGGGAAUUAUUCUGGAUGGAAAGCUAUCAGUAUUGGUGCAAAUACUUCAGCUGUUCAAACUUUACUACAAUUAGAUUAUAAAGAUGAAAUUAGUUUAGAAGACGCCAAAGGCUUAGCAUUGAAAGUUUUGUCUAAAACUACAGACAGUUCGAUCUUAACUAGCGAAAGAGUGGAAUUUGCUAUAAUCACCAAAAACGAAAAAAAUAAUAAAGUUAUACAAAAAUUAUACAAGCCUGCUGAAAUCGAGGUUUUAUUGAAGGAAAAGGGUAUAACAAAAAAUGAUGAUGAUGAUAGUGAUGAUGAUGAACAAGAAGACGUUCAGAUGUAA